CUUUCCCGCCUCUACUGGACAUCUGUGAAAAAGAGCUUUAUAGCUCAUCGGAUUCCUCCAGUAUAAACAAAUAUUCUGAUUAGUGAUGUGUGUAUAAUCACCUUCAUGAUGUGUGCCGUCUUCUUCACAGUGGACGGUCAAGAUCCCCUGACGUUAUUCGCAAGAUGAGGCCAUUGUGUUCCGGGCAUAAGGAUCCAAAUUUGCCAAAUUUUGUAAGUUACCCGAAAUUAUUCAAUUGAGAUUAUAUACAGCGAUAUUCGCCCCUUUCUGACAGACUAAUGCUCUAAAUCACUCUUGCAAUUGAAAAAAAUAAUAAUACUAAACUAGUUUUUAUUUUACUAGGUAAGGCUCACUGAGCUAUAGAGCUCUUGUCAGAAGGGAGCUGGCUUCAAAUGAUAGUUCAACGAAGUGGUUCAUCACGUGGAAAUGUAUAGCAGCCAAAUACUCUAAACUCGUGUUUCUAAAUGUGGCGGUGAAAAACCUAAAGACCCGGAGAAAAAUCCACGCGGCCCACGAAGAGAAAAUGCAAUCUCAAAAUUAGACUAUGCUGGUCCCUUGAGUUCUCACCUGGUUACACAAGAUAAACUUGACAUUUGUUAACUCGCUUGCUUGUUUCCCACCAGCGGUAGCUCUAUAGGGAGCUGUGAAAGAGGUGUGUGUACCCACACUUUACCCACCGCACACGACCUGCCCAUUGGCGAUCGAUCGUGGACCAUUUAUACUCCCGGGGGGGGACAGAAGCGGGGAAGGGAAUUAAAAAAAAAACCCACAAUGUUUUUUUCAACUGCAAUGCUGGGAGAUUAAAUUUAAUUGUCAACCUCUGGAUUGCAAGUCCAUUGUGCUAGCGGUUGCAACAGGCAAACAUGGUAAGCACGUUACGUUCGUUACUAUAGACAUUAUUACACGUGCGGCGAACUGAAAACCGUCUUCACCAUUUCCUUUCAAUUCGGUUAAUGAACCCACUAUUAACCGUGCGAUGUAAAUUCAAGGCGUGUUCACUGCCACUUGUUUGUGUGGCCAGCGCGGUCGUGGUGGUGAAUCCCCAACACGUCCCUUUGUGUUGCGCCCCCGCCCCACCCCUCCUGAAGGAUUUUUGUUUCUUUUUUUUGCUGCUGAUGGAAGUUUCAUGGGAUGCUUGCCUCCAGCAAGGCAAUCUAUUUGCUGCGCAUUCUAUAGCCCAGCGGCCAGCAAUGUUUCUGAUUUUUUUUAUAUAUAUAACCUGACCCCUGCUCUUUGUAGGGGUCAUGUCAUUGUUCGCUCGUUGUUUGCGGUGCGUUAUUGACAAUCACGGACAUUGGAAACGCUUGGUAAUUAAAGACAUGGCAACUAAGCGCGUGUGGCAGUCGACGGAUAUUCUGCGUUUCCUCGACUGUACGGACGACGCUUCAUGUGUGGCGUCGGUCGCGAGGAUCGGGCGCUUAUUCAAGGCAGGUGUCCAUUUGCUUCGCCACGCCUGCAAGGAAGUGUGGUUUAUGACAGCGAUUUUAUUAUAAGCGAUGUAGUUAUUAACCCCCGGCGAUUCCAUCAAUCGCCGCGCGUCCGCGUCUCGAAAUGCAAACCUUGGAGUGAUCGUUAAUGUAGCGGCCACCAGUGGCUGUGGGGGUUAUGCGAACGCAUCACAAACGACAAUACAAAGUUUAAAACAUCGAUUCCUACACGCGUGACUUAAGUGGGCAUAUCGUGAGCUUGCUUAAUCGAUAUUAAUUUACGAAUUAGUACGCCUCAUUAUGUUUGGUAUGCAUUCUAUGUGUGCUUUGCCUGUAGCAGAGGCGAAGCUAUCGAGUGUGCAGGCGGUGCAACUGCACCGGUGUCUAUGGGCUGGAGAGGCCCAGAUGCCGGGCUAUGGAGAUUGGGAGCGGCAUUGAAUAGGGGUCCCACAUUUCACCAGGGCCAAUGCCAAUCAUUGCACGCCACUGUCCUGUAGUGCAUAUACACAAAUCAAACAUUACAUACCGUGUAUGCAAAAUGUAGCGUGUUUGCUAAGGUAGUGCAGACUUAAACUGUAUACACUGACUGUGUCAUGUAUGCAGAUUCUGGCUGACCCGGAAGGUCUGCGGUCCGAUUUUUAAUGUUUCCCGUUUGAGUUUCUUAGGAGAGAAAGGCAUUUUAAGUUGACGUUUGAUAUAGCUCUCGUUGGAGUGUCUCUGUGAAGCCGACUCCUGGGAUGCACCGCUAUGAACUUUUAUUUUUAUCUUCAAGCCGGGCUGCAUUACGCAAAUCUGUGACUCGUUGGUAAGACUUCUCACCAGGUUGUCCAGGAUCAUUUAUCAUCUGAUGCAUUAUGGGGUUUUAUUUUACGUAUUAAACAUUGUCUUUUGUGGUAAACAGUGCGUGUUCCAUAGUUGGCGUGGGCCCCGGUGCAAUUAAUUACAAGGUCGCACUCAAUUGCACACAAAGUGCUUGCCACCAAUUAAGCACAAUACCUCGCUGAUCUCGUCAAGGAGCAUAAAGCAUCACGCGAGCUCUGGUCAUCUUCGCAGUGGCUUUUGACAAACCAUCAAACAAAGACGGUCACUGCAUCGCGCGCUUUCAGAUGCGAUUCUGCGGCCGUCUGGAGCCGCUCUUCCUGCCCAUAUUAGGAAGCCACUGGAGCUAUGCACUUUUAAAUCUGGAUUGAAAACGAAUUUAUUUGGAACAGGUUGUUGUGUUGUCCUCCCGUACCUCCAAUUAGUGCUGUGAUACAAGUCCAACAUGCAUACAUACAACAUACAUGCUAAUUCCCCCCCCCUCUCUCUCUUUGUAUCCUGGCGCCUUUGGCCCGUGAGCCCUGGUGCAGUUGAAUCGACUGCACACUCGGUAGUUACGCCACUAAUGCUAGAAAGCACCAAAACGUGUCCAAGAUGGUGUCGUCCAUUAUUAAAUAAUUACAGCGGAUUGAACUGUGUGGUUCAAAUAUUGGCAACGUAUUUAUUAUACACUUGAGUUUUUAAAGUGGGAAAUAUUGAGUGGUCUUCACAAGCACAUCACAGGAGCAUUUAAAACAAUCUCACCCAAGAUGUUGGCAAAGACCUGGGUCUCGAUGUGUGAAACCAACGCUCCGUAGGAGACAUGGAGAUUUUUCGAGGAAUAUUACUGUCUUACGAUAAAAUAUUCACCCUACCAAGUGUAUAUAUAUUGUUUUAUAGAUCUGACUCAAGCUGCUGUCUAAUUGCAGUUAUUUAAGAGUCGAUUAUACCUUCACGUUGCACCCUGAAUUUUACAUUUAUGAUGAAUAGCUUCCGAGAUGCAUGUGACAGUUGCACAUUUUUAUUGAGUAAAUCUUCGAAUCGUGUUUUUUUGUACUCAAAGCUUAACCUUUAUUCCUGCAUUAAAUUGCUCGAGCAUUAGCUGAAACACAAGAUGGGGGGGGGGGGGUAUGCCCAUUUCACUAUUUUUUCUACGUAGCAGAUGUUGCAAUGAUGGAGCCUGCGCACAGCUCCACCACAGAUUGAUGAUGCUAUUCUGUUCCAUUACAGGACAGUAAUGCGUUUCUUGCAGCAAAGUUUGAGACGGCCUUUGAGCUGGACAGCUCAGGUCUGGGUUAAGUGCUUCACAAUGUGUUUUGUAAGCCUACAUUUCUAUGUGUGGCUAUAUAUAGAACAUAUGUAAUGCCUUUUGGUUGGUGGAGCGGUGAUACGGUGAUUAGCGCACUGCACUACGAACCCAGCGACCUGAGUACGAUUCCCAGCCGCGGCUAACAUUAUUUGCGAGUGAUAUCUGAACUGGCUUGGGGCUCCCACUUCACCAGCCUUGCACUAACCAGCAUGGCAAAGUAUGGUCUAACGAGGCACAUUGCCGACACUGUGUGGGGAAGUUAUCAAAAAGCUGCGGAUUGACAAAGCUCUGAACUCGUAAUCAUAAUAAUCAUUACGCAACGCAUUCGCCGUGUCAAAAUUAAACCUAGAGAAAACUAUACGUACAUAUUGCUGUUCGUUUCACUGCAGCACAUAUGCCCAUUUUUGGAUGUAAAAAAGUCCCAACAUAUCACCUAUCGUCCGCACGAUCCCGUUGGCAUUUAAACAAUGUCAUAUCGGCUCACUCAUCAAUUUAAAAAUUGCAAUGAAAGCCCCUUCAGCAUUCCUUCAGGGUAAGCUGUGUAAGACAAAUUAAAAAGUGACCCCACACGCACACACCAUAUACACUAAACCUCGUGCAUCCGCUUAUAUGAAUUUGACAUCCGUGAAGUGUAUUUUCUGGCCAGUGUUGAGACUGCUGCAGGCCACAGUCACGUUUCUGUCUGCUCGUUGUUGAGGCCUUGACGUGGUGCUAUACUCGUCUCUGGUUGGCUAGCUGGUUAGACUUGGGCUCAGGUUAGGAAUCGUCUGGUUGGUAAGGGUUCAGGCUAGUACCAGGGGCUAGUUAGUUGGGGUUGGGGUAGGGCUAAUCUAGUGGCUGGUUGGCUAGUUAUGGAAUUGGCUAGUACUAGUGGAUAGUUGUUUAGAGUUGGUGAAGGGCUAGUACUGGUGGUUGGUUGGCUAAUUAUGGUAUUGGCUAGUACUUGUGGCUAGUUGGUUAGAGUUGGUGUAGGGCUAGUCUCGUGGCUGGUUGGCUAGUUAUGGUAUUGACUAGUACUAGUGGCUAGUUGGUUAAAGUUGGAGGUAGGGCUAGUUGGCUAGUUGUGGUAUUGGCUAGUACUAGUGGCUAGUUGGUUAGAGUUGGAGGUAGGGCUAGUACUACUGGCUGGUUAGCUAGUUAUGGUAUUGGCUAGUACUAGUGGCUAGUUAGUUAGAGUUGGAGGUAGGGCUAAUCUCGUGGCUGAUUGUCUAGCUGGUCAGGGUUAGAGCUAGUCCAAGUGGUUAGUUAGUUGGGGGUCGGGCGAAUAGUGUUUGGAUAGUCGGUUCGGGUGAGGGCUUGUACUGGUGUCUUUAGCUAUUUGGCUAGAGUUGGGCCAGAGGUUGACUCGGGCUAGGGUAGAACGAGUACUCGUGUCGUGUUUGUCUGCCCGGUUUGGCUAUGGAUACCGAGCGCGCACCACAACCUCGCAAACUCUUCUCGCCUCUCUCCCUCCCGUGUCUCUCUGUCCCUCUCUCUCUCUGCGCUCUUCCUGCACCGCGAGUCCAAAACGCAAAGCCGCUCGCUCGCCCGACCGCUGGGCCGGCAGGAGGGGGCGCUCCAACGAAAGCUCCUCUCGGCACAAAGGAGGAGGAAGAGGUGGAGGAGUAGGCGGCUGUACAAGCAGGCCGCCGCCCUCCACCCCCUGGCAGGGCGCAAGGCGAGGAGGCGCGAGCGGGCCCGGCGUGCGGGGGCGAGCUGGUGGUGCAGAGACCCGGCUACCUGGCCUCCACCGGCUUCCCCGAGGACUACCCGCCCAUGCAGCGCUGCGAGUGGCUGCUGCGGGCCGCCGGGCCCGGCCAGCGCCUCGCCCUGGCAUUCAACCCGCACUUCGACAUCGAGAAGCACGACUGCAGGUUUGACUACGUGGAGGUUCGGGACGGCGAGGGAGACGCGGCCGAAGCGAUGGGCCGCUUCUGCGGCAGCGUGGCUCCCGCGCCCAUUGUGUCCUCGGGGCCGGCCCUGCUCAUCCGCUUCGUCUCAGACUACACCAACCAGGGCGCCGGAUUCUCCCUGCGCUACGAGAUACACAAGUCGGGCUCGGACGCGUGCUCGCGCAACCUGACGGGCCCCGUGGGCGUCGUGUCGUCUCCCGGCUUCCCGGACAAGUACCCGCCGUUCCUGGCGUGCACCUACGUGAUCCGUGCAGCUCGGGGCGGCGUGGAACUGUCGCUCCGCUUCACGCACUUCCACCUGGAGGGCGCGACGAGGGCCCCGGGGGCCGUGGAGCCCGCGUUGGCGUGCCAGUACGACCGGCUCGAGGUGUGGGACGGCCUGCCGCAUGUGGGGCUGCUGGUGGGGCGCUUCUGUGGGACGCGCUCCCCGGGGCUCGUGCGCUCCUCCACGGGGAUCCUCUCGCUCUCCUUCUACACGGACGCCGAGGUGGCGCGCGACGGCUUCUCCGCCUCCUACACCACCUCCCGCCGCAACGUCACCCGCCAGGACCGCCAUGGGGAGGGGGCGUGCAUGCGGCCGCUGGGCAUGGAGUCGGGCGAGAUCCUCGACGAGCAGAUUUCGGCGUCGCCGGGUUUCUACGCGGAGCAGUGGCGCGCGGAGCAAACGCGGCUGCACCGCGCCGGCGCGGCGUGCAUCCACGCCCCGACGGAAUCCGCGCGAGAGUGGCUCCAGGUCGACCUGCGCUUCGUGCGUCUGCUCGGUGCGGUGGCCACGCAGGGAGCGCUGGCGUCUAACUCGACGGGCGUGCCGUGCUUCGUCACGGCCUUCCGGCUCGAGUACAGCACCUCGGGGAGCGACUGGACCGUCUACCGCGACGUCGAGAAGAACAAGGUGAUUCAGGGUAACCGCGACGAUGGUGGCGUGGCCCUGCACCGCUUUGCAGAGGCCGUGGUGGCGCGGUACGUGCGCGUUAAGCCCGUGCGGUGGCACGGCGGCCUGGGGCUGCGGCUGGAGCUCUACGGCUGUCACAUCUCCGACGCGCCCUGCUCGGAGAUGCUGGGUCUGGUGUCGGGCGAGAUCGGGGACCGGCAGCUGUCGGCCUCGUCGAGCCGCGACGCGCGCUGGGGGGCCCCGGCCGCGCGCCUGCUGAGCACGCGCUCUGGGUGGGUGCCCGCCAACGUCCAGGCGGGUGGGCAGUGGCUCCAGGUGGACCUGGGGACGACUCGCCAGGUGAGUGGCCUGCUGCUGCAGGGUGCCAAGAUCGGCCCCACGAAGCGACGCCGGCCCCCGCUGCGGCUGCCGCUGGAGACCGAAAGCAAAGUGUUUGUGCGCAGCUUCCGCCUCCAGCUCAGCCUCGACGGGGAGAGCUGGGCCGGCGUGCAGGACCCGGCAGGCGCCGACAAGAUCUUCCCAGGGAAUUCCAAUGCCGACAAGCCGGAGCUUCGCCAAAUAAAUGCCACGUUGGCUCGCUUCCUCCGCCUCUUCCCCGAGAAGUGGUCGACCAACGGAAUCGGCGUUCGGCUCGAGGUCCUGGGAUGCGACGCUCCCGGCACCACUUCCAGUGCAAUGGAGACAGACGACACGGAGGGGGAUGAUGACGAAGAGCAGGGCCGCACAAUUACCGUCACCGGGCAGCGUUUGGGGCCGGGCAGCGGUGACGGCAGCUGGCGCGACGCCGCAGCCGCGCGUUCCCCACCGCCGUGGAGCCUCGCUCACGUCACAACGACUCCGCGAGUGCCCGCGGGCCGCGGCGCGACGGGGGACUCCGACGCCGGUGAUCCCGGCAGCAGCGUCAAUCGCAGGGGCGGCAAGAACUUCGGCGGCGGGCCAACCGGCUCCGAGUCAAACUCCCCCAAACCCACCGCGCAGGAUGGGGCAGAUGUUCUGGAAAACGGAGAGGAUAACUCCGACUCGCAGGGCAAGGAGAAGGACUCGGAGCAGGCGCUCCGCAGCCUGGACUGGUUUCUGAUCCCCGUGAUCGCGCUGAGCGGCACAGGCGUGGCGCUCGGUGCCAUAUUCGCGACGGCGCUGCUUUGCCGCUCGCGUCGUAACUGCUGCCCCUUCUGCUGUGGAGGCGGGCGAGCACGGGGGCACCCGGCCCAGGCGGGGCCCGCCUCGUCCAACGGCAGAGCCAGCGGGCGCUGUCGCCCCAACCAGUACGUCGUGCACAAGAGCAGCGUCGUGUCGCGGACUGCCUCCUCGGCCUCCUCCUCCAUCGUGUGAAGGCGCGCCGCCCGCACCCGCGAGUCACGGAGGGGCAUGGCCUACCGGGGAUGGCCCGUCGUCGCAGCGUUACCCUUGGACUCGUGCACGUCGUGGAUCUCCGCAUCGCAGCAGUCCGCGGUAGAUGCCCGUUAUUUAACUAUCAAACGCGUUGAAGACGAAGAGCAUGACUGGCAGCAACGGAACUUGAACCGUAUGGGAAAGGAACGUUGAAGCUUUAUCUCGUCACACAUUGCAACUUCCUGCCGAUGCUGUUUGCGUGGGUAAUGGAAACGCGACAAAGACACGUUUCACGCGGAAGAACUUCAAAGCAGGAUCUUCUUGCAGUUUUUUUGUCGCAGCGUGAAACGUAUGCAGGGGUUUUAAGCUUUUACGUUUUAAGCUUUUACUCAUCUUCCUUUGAGAUAUUUCUCUGCCUCUUGUGCUGAUAUCAAAUGACUUGAACCCCACUGCCUGCCUGAGGCUAAUGGAAAUAGAGGAACCACUUCAUGUAAGGGGGACUCGAUGAGAUCAACACAUUGCCACUGGCCACAUCACACAAAUGUGUAGUUUUGCCAGUGCAGCUUUUGUAUUGGAGUAUUUAAACACGAAGGGGAUAAAUUAAAUAAUGUUACACCUCCAUUGCUGUGCAACAAUGGAGUGAAAUUGGAGGGCAAGUGUGAACGCAGCAUCUUAAAUCAAGAGCUUGUCGGAGGAUGCCUGUAAAAGAGGCACACUUGCAGUCUUAAUCUUCUGCCAGCACACCUGAGGCACCAGUGUCGAUAGACGCGGUCAGGUUUCCGGGACCUCGCAUGCCAGCGGGUACAGUGCUGAGAAUUGGAGUUUCUGGGGCGGGUGGCCCCUUGAGAGACAGUGAACUGCACUCCAUCUCACAUUCUGGAUGUCUCCCGAAAAGCUCGUGAGCCAAAACCAAAAAACUCUCUCGGCAGCAGCACGAGGGUUUUCUUUCCGCCGUGGAAACUUUUCCUGCUUUCCUGCCUGAGUCUGUGCGUGUGAGCGAGCGGCUAUAGAGCAGCAAAUGCAUAUUUCAUUUGACACAGCGGCAAGCGUCUCCAUCCAGCACGCCUCCUCUUAUUCUUUGCUUCUGCUCCGGCUUGCUCUUGCUGAGUCGCGUGAUCAAGCCAGCCACAAGGGCUAGAGGCUUAGUACCACAGUGAGGGCCCUGCCCAUCAAGCAUCUGCAGAGGCAAAGCACGGUGGUGUGGAGUUUAAUGAGCAGAGUAUGUGUCAAGAUUUAUUUCUGCAUGAAGAUUGUAGAAGUUCACGAGGCAUGCAUCUCUGCCACAGAGCCAAAUCAGGAUCUGCUUUGUAAAAUUGGUCGGAAUGCAUUUUUUUAAUAUACCACGUUUUUAGGGCUGUUUGGUUUGUUUUAAUGUUUUGUCCAAAUAAACCAGCACACUUUUGUGUCACACCACCAAAAUACAAUCCAUUCCACCCUUUUUAAGCCCCCAGCCAAUUUCAGAAAUGUUCCAAUACUCCACUGAGCAUCACGGUUUUCAACAUUGCUUAAAUUCUCCGCUUACCAUAUGAACAACUCUGCACAUUGCAAGCAGGGUAAUGAGCUGUGUUUUCUUGCCAGUAAUGUGAGUCAAAUUGCCAAUCUUCCCUUUUGUUUUGUUUAAAAUGCACUUUUUGAAUGUUAUUUUUUUCAGGAUUUUGAAAAUCCACAAGAAAAAACUGACCCGCCAGUGAUUGGAGAUCAUACAACCCAAGUGCAAAAUAUAUCCCGAAUUAUUACUUAAAACGUAUGGUCAUAGUGGCAGUUUUUGUAUAAUAAUGAUAUUUUUUAAACCGUUUUUGUUAUGUGCAUUGAUAUUUUUAAUAAAGUUGGCUGGGACAGCG